AAAUGAAUGCUUAAUAGUAUAGGUAGCACGUCGCAUAGUGGUGUGGUAGAGUGAAAACAACACCUCGUCUUUCAGAUCCAUUCUUCUUCUUCUUUCUUCUUCUGAAACAGAAUCACCAAUCCCUCCUCUUUCAACAAUGUCGAAACUCUACAUCCCCUUCAUCCUCCUCCUCCUCUUUUCCACACUCUCCCUCACCAAAGCAGAAAUUAAAUCCCUCACAAUAAACUCCGACACCCGCCCCAUGAUCCUCUUCGAAAAAUUCGGUUUCACACAUAAAGGCCACGUCACCAUCUCCGUCUCAUCCGUCUCCGUCUCCCUACUCUCCUCGACCACCUCCCAACCCGAAUCCUCCCGUUUAGGAUUCUUCCUUCUCAACGAAGAAAGCCUCCUCCAAGUACUAAUCGAGAUCCAACAAAACCCUUCCUUCUGCGUCCUCCAAUCUCACUACAUCUUCCGUCUCUUCACUUUCCGUGAUCUCUCCCCUCCUCCCUCCGCUUCCUUCAACCAUUCUUACCCCGUCACUUCCCCUAACGAAUACAGUCUCUUCUUCGCUAAUUGUGCUCCUGAAACCUCCGUUUCAAUGUCCGUUCGCACCGAGAUUUUUAACCUAGAUUCCGAUGGUUCUAAAGAUUAUCUCUCCGCUGGUCAAACUCAACUUCCUUCUCUCUUUUUUAUCUUCUUUCUAUCUUACCUAAUUUUCUUUGUUUUUUGGCUUUACACUUGUUACAACAAUAAACUAUCUUUUCAUCGAAUUCAUCUUCUUAUGGCUGUUUUGCUUUUGAUGAAGGCUUUGAAUCUUAUUUGUGCUGCAGAGGAUAAACAUUAUGUUAAAGUUACUGGUUUACCUCAUGGUUGGGAUGUUUUGUUCUAUAUUUUUCAGUUCAUUCGUGUCGUUGUACUGUUUACCGUUAUUGUUUUGAUCGGUACUGGUUGGUCUUUUCUCAAGCCAUUUUUGCAGGAUAGGGAAAAGAAGGUUUUGAUGAUUGUCAUUCCUCUUCAGGUUUUGGCUAAUCUGGCUUCUGUUGUUAUUGGUGAGACUGGUCCUUUUAUCAAAGAUUGGGUUACUUGGAAUCAAGUGUUUUUGCUUGUUGAUAUUGUUUGUUGUUGUGCUAUUAUUUUUCCAAUUGUUUGGUCUAUUAGAUCUCUUAGGGAAACAUCUAAGACUGAUGGAAAGGCUUCUAGGAAUCUUGCAAAGUUGACACUUUUUAGGCAAUUUUAUAUUGUUGUUAUUGGGUAUUUGUAUUUUACUAGAAUUGUUGUUUUUGCUUUGAGAACAAUUGCUGCUUAUAAGUAUCAAUGGGUGAGCAAUGCUGCUGAAGAAACUGCUAGUCUUGCUUUUUAUAUUGUCAUGUUCUACAUGUUUAGACCUGUCGAGAGAAAUGAGUACUUUGUCCUUGAUGAGGAGGAAGAGGAUGCAGCUGAAAUUGCUCUCAGGGAUGAAGAAGAAUUUGAGCUUUGAAGUAAAAGUUUCUGUUUUUGGAAUUUUGCACUUGCCCUUUUUGUCGAUCUCUCUCCCAUGCCACAGAUAUCAGGUUGUUAGGCGAAAUCGAUACUGUAUUUGUGGUGGUUGUGGUCCAGGUUCCUCUUUUUAUCGGUUUUUCGCUUACCCUUUUCUUCGUUGUUUCCCUCCAAGCCUUCAAAUCAAAUGUUGUAGAGAAGUGUCCAUAAAGGAAUACUCAAUACUGUCUGUAUGUCUAGCUUUCUUUUGUUGAUGAAUUAUGCGGGAUAAACAAAGCUUUGAUAUAUGUAUGUCUCUUUAGAAAUUGUACACUCAAUUAUUACUUACAUCAUGUUCUUUGACUGAUAAUUCUUCUGUGGAUUUUCUGCUCGAGAUUAUGCUGAGGAUAGGUGUUGUACAUUUCUGUAUUCAUUAACUGGUUUCUUGCCUGAAUCAAACUUGUCAUAAAUAUUGUUGCCUUCCUUGACAUUUAGCACUGGCGUGCAAUUAAUUACAUCUUGUUAUGUUUCAA